CUUGCUUGAUGAACGAUCACUGCGCGCACGGAACUACUUCAUUUAUGACAACAUAAUAAAACACGGGAAAGAAGUCUCUGCUAUAUCGAAAUACGUUCCCGUUAUUUUCAGUUAAAAUUGUGAUCUAUUCAUUUCUAUUUAUCCAAGUUUUCCUUUCCAUCGCGAGCAAGGAAUAGUGUUUCCGAUCGUGGAGACCAUAUUUCUUCUUAUAGUGUGAAUUUCCAGCAAUAAUCAUGAGAACAAGGUGGGGAUCGCCGAAUGCUCCGGCAUGUUGUUUAUGUUUGGACGUGAGAACAGGAUCUAUCCUCAUCGGAUUAUGGCAUUUGAUGGGUCAGAUGUUCGCCAUGCUGUUGAUUGCUUCCAUGAUCAUGAGAGGAGGUGACAAUGCUGUGAUGAACAUGGAUUUAGAUGACCCACCACAGGCUCCAUUCAGUGCCAACAGUCAACAUGAUGCAUCUGAUUACUGCGUUGGUCUUGUGAUUGUGUUCUGUUUCCUGCUAAUCACAACCAUGAUGAUGAAGGGGAUCAUUCAGUAUCGCUCCGGGUACAUCCUACCAUUCUUCUGUCUUCAGCUCUUUGAUUUCUUCAUCACGUUCCUUACCUGCAUCGGUGUCAUGUCCUACUAUCCUGACUUUGACUAUGAAGACAGCCCUAAAUUCCCCUACAACCAGGAAUUCAUGCACUGGAAGGAGAACCUACCUGUUAGCAAGUAUGACAUUGAAUCACCAUGGUUUACAUUCAUCGCUCUCGCAAUUUUCCUCGCAAUCAUGUUAUUUAAGUUCUACUGCAUUGCAUGUAUCUGGGCCUGCUACAAGCACACCGCCAGUGUGGAGCUGAGAGAAAUCGAGCAAUGCCCCGACACAGAGGCACUCCUGCCUUCUUAUGAUGAAGCAAUCAAAAUAAAGAUAGACAAACCCCCUCCACCACCAGCCUACCAGGAAUAGGCAACACUUGCAACAAGAGUUACAACAUUGUCAACAAGAGCAACAAUACUGGCAACAAAUUAAACGCUUUAAGUCUUGAAUGACAAAAAAAAAUUUGCAAUAGUAUUAUUUAUGAUAAAAGAAUCUAAGAAUAAAAAAAGAAUAACUAUGGUGGGGUAAUAAGCGUUUCUUUCAUGCAUCAUAUGUAGAUAUUAAAUCAACACAAUCAUGCAAUGUUUCAAUCCCAAAAUGAAUCAUUUCCCUUUUUCAAGGUUAGGAGGAGACAUUGUAACAUACAUGCAAGAUGAGAGUGACUUAUUGAAAUAUUGAUUUUUCUUUCUUAGAAAAAGUGAUGUUGCAUAAUAUUCUAAUAAGCAAAGCUAUCAAGAUUUUUGUUUGUAGCCAACAUAUAAACAAUCUGUAGUUUGAUUGAUAGUAAUGCCUCAUGGUUUGCAGAAUUUUUAAGUGAUACCUACUAUGUUGGUACUAAUAUCUGAAAGUAGCUCAAAACCUAUAGUCUUCCGUUCAAUGCCAACAUUUGGAUCAAGGCUUAGGUACAGUCACAUUUACGAAACCAACUCCAAGCUAAUAUGCCAUUCAAAAUGACAAUAGCUUUGAUCAGUCAAGAGUCUGUUUCAUUGAUGCGACUGUAACAUUUAACUCCAUAAGGCAUCAUUUAUUUUAUCAAUUAUGGUGAAAUGCUUUGGAUGCACAGUUGAAUCAUGUCACCUUUUUUAAGUGUUGCUCUUGCUUGGUCAAAGAAGGUACAAGAGGUUCUUGCAUUAAAAUUGAGAAAUCAUAUAGUCGUAGGCUUCACUAUUGUAGUAAUGGGAAUAGUUCAUUAUCCAUUCAUUGACUUCUAGGUACAUAAUCAAUUAAAACCUAAAGUAAAUGUAUAUAUAGAAUUUAUUAUAUAAUGGUUAAGAGCGAUAUAAUGAUAUGUAUUCCUUAAAGUCUUUAAAAUAUUAAAAUUUCAAGGUGUUAUGAUGUUUGGGAUAAGGAAAGAUAAUGUUGCGCAAGAAGAAAUCAUAUAUUAGUGACAUUAAAGAAGAGAAAUAUCACUUUGAUAAGUCACUUUAGUUGAUUAUUUAUGUUCUAUUAAUAAUAAUCAUUGCAUACUUGAGACCAUCAGAAGGGAUAUUUAAUUUUCAUUUUGAUACUAGUGCUGUACCUCAUGCAUUUGCUUGGAAGUGCAUUGCUUGAGAUUGUGAAUGAGGUAGACAUUGAAAAUUUUCGAAAUGUUCUUUCAAAAGAAGUAAAUAUCACCUAUUUUGAUGAUAUCAAGCAUGCAUUUGUAUUAUCAGAUGGGAGAGAAUAAUAUCAAACUUUGAUAUUUUUAUUUUAGUGAAAUUCGAGGAGUUUUAUGCUUCUAUGUAAUAUACAGUAUACUACAUAUAAUUAUAUUUACAGAAAAUGCAUCAAAGUUGAACAACAAUUUGCAUUGUCACUUCUUAAUUUUCACUACUUUGGUAUUCCUUUUCUCUCAGCUUAUUUUUUUUCAUUUUUUUCAAUUUUCCAUUUGUUUUCCCCUGCAUAUUCUCAUCCCUCCUCGUACAUUAAUUUUCACCAGAUUCUCAUGUAUUCAUUUCCAACCAAUUCAUCAUAUUUACAUGUUCCUAUAUGUACUCUCAAGAGCAGUGUGGCUGUAAACAUCACUAGAAAUCAGAGAUCUCUGCAGAGGGGAAGAGGCAAAGUGCCCUCUUGCAACAGUUUGUAUAUUUUGAGUGUUUUUCAUUUUUUUAAGCUCCACUAUCAAAAAGUUUAAGAAAUGUGUCACAGCUACAUGUGAAAUUCCUCUGCACAGCUACAUAAAACAGUAGACACUUUAUGCCAAGUUUAUUGCACCAAUGAUAAGGAGUAGUGGUUCUGAUGAUUUUUUGUAAUCAAUUUUGGUUAAUUAGCAAUUAGUAGUGAUAGUAAAUUGCAUGUGUCUAAAAAUGCCAUGGAGUUGAAAUAUUAACAGUGAUUCCAUGAUUUAACACGAAAAAAAGAAAAAAAGGUCUUUCAGCUUUCUGUGGGCUACAAUAUAAGUUAUUGUCGGUAUGCCUGGUUUCGGUUUUGGCUGUUACACAAUCUCAGUAUCUGAAUUAUCAUGUCGCUUAAAGCUUAGCGAUUGAUCUUAAGAGCUGAUUUCUAAUUUUGAUUGCAUUGAAUAUUGUGUAUGUUCAGUUGUAAAAAUCAACCACACAAUCGAUCGCUAAGCUUUAUGAUACGAGUAAACCUUAAAGGGCAAAUGAAUGAUGUGUAUAUCUAGAAUACAGUCAUUUAUUUGUCUCAUCAAACUGGUCAGACUUGUGCCAUUUUGUGGCGAUCAUUGUCAAAAAUAUACUUUGUAACGUGGGCUAAACAAUUUUUACAAAUUAAGAAGAAAAAAAAGAUUGCUUGUAAAUUAAUUACCAAUUUAUGUUUGAUAAAAAAAUGCUUUUAGAAGCACAGCAAACAUGCUGAAACUAUGUUGUAUCAUAAAUGGAAAGGGGUAAUUUAAUACGUACAAAAAGGAAUAACUGAAGCAAAGAAAUUGAAAUAGGGUGCCAGGGGGUGGGAAUGUCACUUGAAAACAUAGAACUUAUCCAAUGUAAAAUGAAUUGCAACAGCCGAGAAAGAAUGCGCUAGAAAAUAUCCAUGUGUUUGUGAGUGAUUUUCAUCUUUAGGCAUCGCACAGAUUUUAUUGUCACUUAAUAAACGAUUAUCAAUAAUAAACGUA